GUGUUUCAAGACACUGUUCAUGGUGAUGACACAGUUCUUCUGGAAUGUCACAUUCUGUGCUUUUUGAAGAUACAAGCUUAUUGUUGCACACAAUGGAAUGUUGUCACAUCUUUGAACAAAAGCCAUUAGAGGUAAGGUAGUAUUACAACAAACCAAAGUGCAUCUGCUGUUGUGUUAUUGUCAUGAACUGUGGACCUGUGCUUGUGUGAACCCAGAAAGACCACAGUGAUCUGGCAUCUCUCCAGGUCUGGUAUUCCACUAUUAUCUAACCUCCCUGCUUCCCAGAAACCACUGGCCUCUCCUAAGAGACAAUGAAGAGUGAGUGCCAUGGGUUUCCUUCCCACACACACACACACACACACACACACACACACACACACACACACACACACAGACACACACACAUGCAAAAACACACCGCUCUUCUUCCAAAAUAGUUUCCGGCUUGGCAGAGAGACUACUCCCUUCCCUCCUCCCUCCAGGAGCAUGCCCAGACACAAAUAAAGACUCAGUCUGUAGUGUCAGUCAGACUUUCAUCUGGAAAACUCAGAGGAGCUGCUCCAACUCUGAAGAUUAUUGUUUGGGACAUGUAAUGCCGAAAACAUUGAAUGUCCUAGCAUUUAUUGCAUUUAUUGAGCAUUUAUUCUUUGGUCUUUCUGACACUUUCUGUUGACUAUCUACGACUCGAGGAGAUCUUUGCCUGUCUCUGUUCAGGCAUGACGGGUCAGGAGAGGAGUGAGGAGAAGAGUGAAUGUGUAUCCCUGUCUCCGAUGAGGGAGGCUGUGCCUGCCCCACCUGAGUGUGAGAGGGUGUGUGUGUUUGGGACGGGGGACCUGGGGCGCUCUCUGGGCCUGCGUCUGCUGCAGGCAGGGUACGGGGUGGUGUUUGGCAGCCGACGGCCCCACAGCAGCAGCAGCCUCAUACCCCACGGAUCACAGGUCCUGGGUCAUGCUGCAGCUGCUCAGUCAGGCCAUCUGAUCUUCAUUGCAGUCCAGAGAGAACACUACGACUUCCUGGUACCACUGGCCAAUCAGCUGAAGGGAAAGGUGUUGGUGGACCUCAGUAACAACCUGAGGAAGAAUCAGUACCCAGAGGCCAACGCAGAAUACCUGCAAAGCCUGGUCCCUGGAGCUGAGGUGGUUAAAGGCUUCAAUACCCUGUCUGCCUGGAGUCUGCAGAAAGGACCUUCAGAUGCCAACAGACAGGUGUAUAUCUGCGGGGAAAGUGUACAGGCCAAGCAGGCGGUGAUGGCGGUAGCCACCAAGUUGGGUUUCAGUGCCCUGGACCGGGGCUUUCUCUCAGUGGCCAGGGAGCUGGAGGACUUCCCCCUGCAGCUGUUCCCCCAGUGGAGGCUCCCCCUGUACAUCGCCACUGGCCUCAGUGCUGCCUUCUUCUUCUACCUGCUGAUCAGAGACAUCAUCUAUGCAUACUUCACCCAGGGCAAAGACAUCUCCUUCAGAAUCAUGGUCUCACUGGCUAACAAGGUGUGUCCCAUCGUGUCUCUGAUCAUGCUGUCUCUCUGUUACCUGCCUGGUGUCCUGGCUUCCUUCCUGCAGCUCUACAGAGGCACCAAGUACAGGCGCUUCCCUGAUUGGCUGGACCGCUGGAUGCUGUGCAGGAAACAGCUGGGUCUUCUGGCACUGGGGUUCGCCUUUCUGCAUGUGCUCUAUACACUUAUCAUACCCAUACGGUCGGUGGAACAUUCACUCAAAUGCACACGCAUGCACGUGCACACACACACACACAGUGGAAUGUGUCUUCCUUUGGAUUUUAGUAAAGAAAGUAUUGAUUUUGUUCCCAGGUACUAUGUGAGGUUCAAGGCCACUGAACGCACUGUCUCUGUGAUCAGAGAGAACAGGACCACUGAGUUUGAUACAACGACGGCCUGGAGUGGCGACUCCUACUUAUCCCUGGGAAUUCUGGGAUUUAGCCUGUACGUCCUAUUGGGAAUCACAUCUCUUCCCUCCGUCAGUAACGUUCUCAGCUGGAGGGAGUUCAGCUUCAUACAGUCCAAGCUGGGUCACCUGACUCUGCUGUUAUGUACGGCUCACACCUACCUGUAUGGCUGGAACAAGUUUCUGAGUUCCUCCACCUACAAGUGGUGCACCCCACCGGGCUACAUGCUGUGUCUGGUGCUUCCCUCUGUUGUGCUGCUGCUCAAGCUACUCCUCAUCACCCCCUGUGUGGACCGAACCAUCACCCGCAUACGACAGGGAUGGGAGAGGAGGGCAGAUCAGAGGAACCCUAAAAACAGCCAACCACUGAUACCUUAGACACACACACACACACACACACAGACACACACACACAAAAUAACACCCUCAGUGUGAUGACAGCUUUGUCUUCAAGGCAUGAACUCUUGUUUCUUUGCUAUUGUACCCUCUGAGGUUGUCUACCAUUCAACCAUCGUUUGCAAUGUUUCUGGGAUUAAAAAAAAAACAGCAAUAACAUUUCAUUGAUGUGCAGUCAUUUAUUUUUGUAUUACACUGUAAACAUUGUUGCAUUUUAAUGCAUAUAUUUUUAACCAUACGUAAACCAGACACUAGCUUUCACUGGUAAAAGCUCUCUCUCUCUCUCGCUCUCUCGCUCUCUGUGUGUAUCCUCUCUCUUCUUUGACUGAUUGUACAGUUAUCCCCAGAUGAAACACAGGUUUCAGAGACAUAUAAAAGUGUUUCAAUUUAUAUUUUGUGUCUGUCUGAUACAUCUCCAGUUGCAGGUCAGACACAUAAAAACACAUUUAUCAGUGUGA